AUGGCUUACCACUCAUUGCCUCAUGUAAUUCAGGUUACAGAACUUCAUACGGAAGCAGAAUGUGCUUAUGUCCUGUUUGUGGUUGCUAUAUUCUGGCUUGUUGAGGCUAUGCCCCUCGCUAUCACAGCGCUUAUACCGGCUUUGAUGUUUCCACUGUUUGGGAUCAUGAAGGCAUCAACUGUGGCAAAUUCAUAUUUCAGAGAUUUUCAUCUGUUGCUGAUUGGAAUAAUAUGUUUGGCUGCAUCAAUAGAAAAAUGGAAUCUGCACAAAAGAAUUGCUUUACGAAUGGUGAUGUUGGUGGGUGUAAAUCCCGAAUGGCUUAUGCUAGGAUUUAUGGUGAGCUCAGCCUUCUUGUCCAUGUGGCUUAGUAACACCUCCACUGCUGCCAUGGUAAUGCCCAUUGUGGAAGCCGUGGUCCAACAGAUUAUCAGUGCAGAAGCGGAAGUCGAAGCCAGGGAAAGGAGUAAUACGAAUAUGAAUGGAAAUGUAAAUUUGGGUCUAGAACUCAAUGAACACACUGUCGAGAAUGAAUCUGACAAAUGGAAGUUUGGUGAGCGAAACGGAUACAAUGGUGAAAUAAAUCCUUACCCAAUGAACAUGGCUGAGACUGUUGAGAAUGAUGACCCAAAUCUGGAUGAAUACUAUGAAAAAGUUCCAGAAGUCUUACCAUUACCUUCGGUGUCAACAUAUGAUCCAGAUGGAAAGUACAGGUCCAGGAAGGAUCACCUAAUGUGCAAAGGAAUGUCUCUUUGUAUUGCUUAUGCAUCAACAAUAGGUGGAAUUACUACCAUCACAGGAACGUCAAGCAAUUUGAUUUUUGCUGAACAGUUCAAUACACGCUACCCAGAAUGCCACUGCAUAAACUUUGGAACUUGGUUUAUAGUAAUAAUCCCCAUGAUGGUCAUUAUUCUUAUUUUUUCCUGGAUUUGGCUCAACUGGCUGUUCAUUGGUUUCAAUUUUAAUAGGAUGUUUAAAUGUGGGAAACAAAAAUCAGACAAGGACAUAGCAGCUGCUCAAGUUAUUAAAGAUGAAUAUAGAAAAAUGGGUCCAAUUAGUUAUGAAGAAAUUAUUACACUUGUCAUAUUUGUUUUAAUGGCUUUACUGUGGUUUACAAGGGAACCUGGCUUUAUCCCUGGCUGGUCAUCUCUUUUCCCUAAGUACAGAGGAUAUGCCACUGAUUCCACACCUGCCCUCAUGCUUGGCAUUCUUUUCUUUAUUAUUCCAGCAAAGAAGACCUUUUCAGAAAAGCACAAUAAAAAGGCCUACACUCCUUUAAUCACCUGGAAGGAGUUUCAGAGCUGCAUGCCGUGGGAAAUCGCGUUACUUGUUGGAGGCGGAUUUGCACUGGCUGAUGGCUGUGAGGACUCUGGACUAUCUGUUUGGAUAGGAAGUAAACUAGAACCGCUUGGGUCACUUCCAACAUGGGUUAUCAUUCUUAUAUCUUCUCUGAUGGUAACAACUGUGACAGAAGUUGCAAGCAAUCCGGCUACGAUUACAAUCUUUAUACCAAUCCUUGCUCCUUUGGCAGAAGCUACUCAUGUCAACCCAUUAUUCAUUCUGAUUCCAGCCACGUUAUGUACAUCCUAUGCAUUCUUGUUACCGGUGUCAAAUCCACCGAAUGCCAUUGCAUUUGGAUACGGUCAUCUAACUGUGAUUGAUAUGGUAAAGGCUGGUUUGGGAGUUAACAUUAUUGGAGUUGCUGUAACAAUGCUUGGAGUAUUAACAUGGGCAGUACCCAUCUAUAAUCUGGACAGUUACCCUGACUGGGCACCAAGCGUUCCUUCAGUAAACUCAACAAGGAUCUUGUAAAUGCUUAGUAUCCAAAGGUACCUUCAUCAUCAAGAUAAGAAAUGUGGAAGCAUUUUUCAUAUUUUAAGAGGAUGUCUGCUCUGGAGAUCCACAUAUCUUUACUAAAAAAUGCAAUAGGAUACUACAUGCAUCAACCACAAUAUGGGAUCUUCAUGGGAACUUCGUCUGCUCUGCCUUUGCUGAAGAUAUGACUCCGCCACCAAAAUAUAUACAUACACGGAGGAAUGAGGAUGAAAAGAAGGCAGGACUUAAAUGACCUGUGUAAUGUUUGACUG